AUGAGGAAAUCGAAGAGCAACGCUGUAGGGUCGUCGACCAGGUCCAGAACACCAGUCGCCCCGCAACCCAGCGCAUCGAGCGAGCGCUUGUAUCACUUCCGGUCCUCUUCUGCUCCUCCAGGAAGUUUCCUCCAGCAACUGAGCGGAUCUCGUGACUACAUUGGCACUCCGAGCGAGUUCCGAGACCCCAGGGUAUCUGAGUUGACCGCGUCAGUUUCGCCUGACCACGACAGACCCUUGGCUCAUGGAUUUGAAGACGCGCUCGUCAAAGAUCUCCAAGAAGACUCCAGGGUCGAGAUCCAGAUUCAGGAUGGUAGCAACGUGUUCUGCCCCAGCUCAUACAAAGAAAAGCGCAACUGGAAUGUCUUCGUCGCAGUAUCCUGUGGGAGUCGCAAGGUGUCAACAAGAGAGGUGGACUGUACGAGGAAUCCUGCCUGGCACCAAACUUUACAGCUUGACAUUCUGCCCGGGAACGCAGAGACGAGUUUGAAAUUCUCCCUGAUGCUCAAAGAAAAGGAUUUCUUGAGUGAGAUCGGGAUGUUUCAGCUGAGAGUCGACGAAGAGAGCGGAAGAAGAGCUUUCCCAGACAUUGACGACAAGUCCGAGGAGAUUUAUUUCACCCUCACAGAAUUCUUUCGCAUCACUUCACUUGAAGGACAGUUUGAGUUCAAGAUGAAGGACGACUCGAGGUCGCAGAAAGGAUUCAAGACCUGCAUCUCUGUUAAGAUUCGCCAUUUCGAGGAAAAGCGCCCAUCAAGCUACAACCCGUCGGAGCACUUGUUGGAGGUGAUGCAGGAGCAAAUGCCGGACAGAGGUCUGACAGACAUUGACCUUGUAACCGAAGAGAUCCUGCAGAAUUUUCCAAGUAGCUCGCUGAUGAGCCGAAAGUUUCUUCAGUUCCUUUGUAUGCAUGGGCGACUGCAGCGGUGGAGUGAAUCGGACGUGGUAGGAGUUCAGAACGAACCAGCGGACAAGAACUGCGGGCAUCUCAUCCUCUCAGGAGUUUUCACUCUCCACCAUCAGAACAAGAAGCCGGACCUGGCCUUGUACGACACUUUGAAGUCAAGGUCCUUCGGCCCCAACGUCAGCUUUGGGAAUCAGAUCGGAAUCAGAGGGCCUGGGGAGUGGUUGGGCGAAGUCGACCUGCUGGCCAGCCACAAAAAGCAUUCCACCAUGAUAUGUCGGACGCAGACAGGACUGACUCUGACUAUAGACCGGAGGUCCCUUGAGAUGAUCAUCGAGCAAUGGCACGGCAGCGCAGCUGGCUACUCCUUCAGCCUCCAUGGAAGCAUUCUUCGAGGCCCCACAGAGGGUAGGCAGACAUCAACGUUGAUGGUGUUCUUCAAGAACUUUGCUUGCCAUCUUUUCAAGCAAUCCGACGAUGAGUUUCUUGAGCUGAUUGCCGAGUGUGCUUCUUUGCACACAGUGGAAGCUGGGGAGCAGGUCCUGCACGCCUCGGACAAGGUUUCGAUCAUUUGCUCGGGGAUGAUCGCGUGCAUCGAAAGGAGCGAGCAAGUUUGUUUGAAGUGCGAUGUUCCGGUGGAGGGUCGAUGUUUGAACUUGUUGGGACCCUCCAGCAUGUUCGGCAUGGUAGGUUCAAGGCACAUCUACCGGACCUUGGUCGCUACGCAUUUGAUGCAGAUAGACCGUGAAGCGCUGCUGCGGAUAGCAGGGGUAUGCUGCAGCGAGCGGUUGGAGAGACUUUGCAGGAGCAAGAAACAAACGAACCCCGCGUUGAUGCUGCUCAUUUUCAACCUCCUGGCCCAGGCACUUGGUGAUGUCCCUGCUGAGAGCUUGUGGUUGCUGUCUCAACGCGCUGUGUUGCGCUCGUUAUCAGGACCCGAGGUGCAAGUCGACAAGUACAGCCUGCUUCUCGAGGGUCAGGUGAUCUUGCAGGAAGACUUCUUCCAGCAGGCUCUUCCUCUCGGGCGUUUCUUUCCCGACCAGGUGCACGUCUCAUGCAACACUCCGGCAGUUUUGGCAGUUUGGGAUGAGAGCGAUUGGGUCCAUUUUGACUCCGGCGACUCUGAGCCGUCGGAGAUGAGUUUCAAGGACCAGCAGUCGACUCUUGAUUGUCUUGCUCAAGUGCCUUUGUUUCGAGGUCUGUCGGAGAAGAUGAUGUUGAGCAUCCUGCCAUUUGUCACAGAGCGUCACUUUGCAGAUAAAGAUGUGAUUACAUGCGGGGGCGAAGACGCGCAUGCGAUACAUUUAGUCGACGAAGGGAGUGUGAUGUUGUUUGAAAGGAAUUCUCGUGUACAGCAUGAUUUCAUGAGUUCAUUAAGGGGGUAUGAUUUCUUUUUGAAGUCUUUUGGGAAAGAAAUCGCAGAAGUGAAGCAAGGUGAUUGUUUUGGGCAAAUAGAAUUUUUCCUGUUCAGUUCCAUGCCGUACACUUCGAUAUGUAAAGGGUCAGUAAGGCUGUUUGUCAUUGAUCAGAAAUGUCUGCGGAAGAUACCAAGUCUGUCAAGCCUUGUAUCAAUCAACGUGAAAGGCAAACAACCGCCUGCAAGUAGCACCUACAAGCACUCGGAGAAAGAGGUGAGCUGGAUCAGACAUUUCUUCUGGUUGGAGUCCAACGAACUCUGUCCCAGCACGCUCGAGGCGUCGCUCUUCCUGGCGCGGCGAGCGUCAGAAACCAUCGCUGAGGCAGGAGAAGAACUUGAGUUUGGCAGAGAGUCAUCUUCAACGAUCCUCGUUGUGCGGAAAGGGCUUCUGCGAUCCGUGAGGGACAGAGAGGAGGAGGUUAGCAAGAGGCAGAGAAGCUGGGUGCCAGACAUGCUGGAGGAGGGAGACGUUCUGGAUCCCAAGGUGCUGGGAGAAGAGGCUUACCUCAAGGAGUUCAAGAUGGUGGCUGUAAAGAGAUCAGCUCUUGUCUGGUUUCCUAGCAAGGCGAGGGAGAUGGCGAGAAGAAUCGAGGCGGAGGAUCACAUCAGCGCUAUCAGGGAGCACGAGACUUUCAAGAACUGCUUCAAGCACCUGUCGUACUUCCUCUUCGACAAGCUCGCCAGGACCUGCACGCGACGCAGUCACGAGUGUCAAGAUCAAGUCUACAACCAUUCGCUGCCGUCAGACUCUGUUGUUUUCUUGCUGGACGGAGAGUUCAAGGUGACCAAGAAGAACUUCCACGAUGCUCCUCUUGCUUCCGUCUCCCCCGGCACCUUCUUCGGGCAUGCGGUAGAGCCAGAGGAGGAGUUGACCGACGGCUUUGUCGUGUUUGCCACAGGGAAGAGCCAUGUCCUCGAAAUGCCCAUGAGGGAGCUGUCGCUCUCGCUGCCCGAGGACAGCAUAACAGACAUCAAGGCGCGGAUCUCCAGCAGUGCUCUCCAUUACAUGCAAGAUGACGAUGCCGACGAUGCCGACGAUGCGGUGGACGAUCCAAGGCACAGGCACAUGCAGGUGCACUCAGACUACACGUCUGCUGCUAUGCAGAUUUUUGUUGAGAGGAUUGAGAAGGGCAAGGUGACCCCAUGCUACGAGGACGAGACGUCAUGGGCGUACGGUCCUAAACCGGAAGACGUGCUUCCUUCCUUGCUCAGGUUGAAGACGAGAGCGCGCUUGCUGGAGAGCAGGCAGCGGGUCUCCUCAGUGCGGAGGGUCAGGAAGGCGACGGAGGAGGAGGAGAAUCCGCACAGAGUGAUGGGGCUGAGCAAGCUGAAGAACUUGCAGAAGAAGAUCGACGAGAUCAAGGAAGAUCCCCGGCUGCAUCGCACGUUGAAGAUGAAGAUCAGAGAACACAAGUUGCAAGUCAACGGACACCCGGAGUUCUCUGAGAAGAUCAUGCUCAACCGCCAGCUGGUGAAAGAUCCUUGGCUGGAUGUGAGGAGGAGGGAGGAGAAGAUGGAGAAGACGGAGAGGCUGAAGGAGGCCAUGACGGCGACCAAGCAGGAGAAUUCUGAGAAGGAUCUCAAGAGGAUAGAGCGGACCAACAUCGCCAUCAAUCGCAAGGAGAUUAACGACGAGAAGAGGCUGCACAGCGUCAGGGCAGCCAUCGCGCAUGCGAAGCUGACGAGGCUGUCGGCCAUGUGGCUCCUGAACGUCGCGCUCGUGUCAAGAGCGUCGACGUGGAAGAGGCUCGUCGACCUUGUAAGGCGGGUCAGAAGUGACCUGAUGCUGUGGAGCGCUGCUGCCAUCAGCAUUCAGCGCAGGUAUCGCAAACACCUCGGAAAGCGCCUGACGGUCAAGUACGACAUUGCGGCUACCUCGAUUGCAAAGUUUUACAGCAAGUUCAAGUUGGAGCGGAGGCUGAAGAGGAAGAAAGAAUCCAUCCCUGUCAUCCACUCCUUCCUCCUUGACGUUCAGCGCACCAUGAAGACGGCUCGCUUUGUGUUCAGGCAGUACAGGAGAAAGGUGGUCAAGAUUCAGAGAGCUUUCCGUCAAUAUCGCAACUUUGCUGCCCUGCAUGACGCGAAGCUGUUUGACCUGUGGGACAAGCACGUGGACGAGGCUCUCAAGAAGUUCGCACCGAAAGCUUCUCACGCUUCGAGCUCGACAGGAGGAACGUCGAAGACUCUCUACAUCUCCCCGGACAUCAAGCUCAAGAAACUGAGGGCGUUCGCCACGAGCUUGCGACGGCAGCUGCUGGUGGACAAGGAUAGAUGGAGAGACGCUUUCAACUUGUGGUUGACGCGAGAAGAGUAUCGCUUCAUGAUCGAGACGCAAAAGUCAAUGCUCAGAAACGAACAUCUGACAGUUCGCAGGGAUAAAAUCCACCAAUCCGUGCUAGACAUGCAAGACAAGCCUCCCAAGUGCCCUCUUUACCUUGUUCCUCCUCCUCCGUCUAAAAAGAUCAUUGAAUUGAUCCGAUCGGCUUUUCUGGAAUCAAACCAGACUUGAUCUGUGUGACAAGAUUUGACUUCUCGCCUAUUAACGAGAUUGAGAGCCAUGCGGCAUGAACAAUCUUUUGAACAGUUAUAGUGUACAAAUGCUCGACAUCCUGAAUGCAAAAGCGUGGAGAAUGUUGACAAUGUAAUGAACAACCAGAAUCAUUAUAUCAGACCAUUCGCAUUAUUUAUGAAUACAUGGACAAUGCGAC